ACUUCCUUCCUGUUCUAACUGCCAGUAUUCAGAAGUCACAGUUGAGAGAAGGCAGAGGCACCCCGGACAGACUGAACCACUGAAUAGAUCAAAAUGACCGAAGAGACCCCAGAACCACACCUUGAGGAGGGUGAUGAUGAACUGGACAGCAAGCUCAAUUAUAAGCCUCCUCCUCAGAAGUCACUGAAAGAGCUGCAGGAAAUGGACAAAGAUGAUGAAAGCCUAACUAAGUAUAAGAAAACGCUCCUAGGGGAUGGCCCUGUGGUGGCAGACCCAUCAGCUCCCAAUGUCACUGUCACCCGCCUUACCUUGGUUUGUGAGAGUGCUCCUGGACCAAUCACCAUGGACCUUACUGGGGAUCUUGAAGCCUUCAAAAAAGAAACUUUUGUGCUCAAGGAAGGUGUUGAAUAUAGAGUCAAAAUUCACUUCAAAGUGAACAAGGACAUUGUGUCAGGCCUGAAAUAUGUUCAGCACACCUACCGAACUGGGAUGAAAGUGGAUAAAGCAGUAUAUAUGGUUGGCAGCUAUGGACCUCGGCUAGAGGAAUAUGAGUUCCUAACUCCUAUGGAGGAGGCUCCCAAGGGCAUGUUGGCCAGAGGCACUUACCACAACAAGUCCUUCUUCACUGAUGAUGACAAGCAUGACCAUCUUACCUGGGAGUGGAACCUGUCCAUUAAGAAGGAGUGGACAGAAUAAGUGUCUCUGCCAUCCCUUUCCCUGGCAUUGCCACCCAGAAGAAUCAGCUCAGCCAUGGUCAUUGUCACUGCCCUGUUCCUCCUCCCUGUUCACAGCAGCUUCCCUUCGCUCUAGUUUCCCCACAUUUUCUUAUUGAUGCAUCUUAUCCCAUGUUCUCUAUCAAAAUAGGCAGUAAAACAAACUGUCAUAUUUGGCACUAGUGAGCCUGGCACCAGGAUGGAAUGGAAUCCCAUAGACCACAGCAUAAAACUGAUGCUCCUAUGCUUAUUAUAUAUGGCCCCCUGUAAUCAGUUUCAGCAUGUUUUUCAAGAUUAAGGCCAAGAUUAAUGCAGGCUUUAAUCCUGCCCACUCCUCACCGCCCAUCCUGGCCAGGUCUUCAAAGGUAUCUGUCUAUCUAUCUAUCUAUCUAUCUAUCUAUCUAUCUAUCUAUCUAUCUAGUGAUCUAUUAUCUAUUUCUCUCUUAUGCUCAUUACAGCAAUCCCCACUAGGCCAAGAAGUGUUCAAGUCACCACUAAUGGUACUCUCAUUUGGGUUCCCAUAGCUCUUCCCAUCCCUAAAUUCUUCUAAUCACAUUCCCUGCCAAACGGGUUUUGUUUUUUUUUUUUUUCUGUAAACUCCACAAAAGAAAAAGCAAUAAAGCAAUUGUAUGAUCUGAC